AUGUUUAAGCUUAAUCGCCAUGUGGACUCCCGCCUGUUCAAGGGGACAUCAGGAAGGUGCGCCUCCGCGCUGUAUGAGGUCAGCGUAUGGGUUGACAUCGAAUUGAAUCCAGAGGAUACAACUGGAGUACGGAGGAAACAAGAAGUGAGCAGCCGGUGGUUAACCGAGUCCCUACCGAAGUCUGUCAGAGUACUCUGA